AUGAAAACGUUGUCAGAAAUGUUCGGCGGCUCUCUUUCAGGCAGCCAUGGCCGGUGUUUGAUAUGCAGCAGCCAGUGCCAGGUUUCUCCUCUUUCUGACAAAAGCAGCUCAGACGUGAAGGCUUUGUUUUCUGACAUCGGCGUUGUGGCAACCAGACAUCUGACAGAGAUCAGCAAAGUUGUGGCGUUUCAGGCCCGACAUCAGAAGAGGUUGCUCAAUUACUACAAGCAAAAGAACCAUAAACUAGAAGACAUGUUGGUCACUAUAAAGCAAGAAAUGCAGCAGAUGGGGAAGAAGCUGAAUGAUCAGAGGGCUUACAUUGCUAAGCUGGAAAAGUCUCUCCAGCACCACAGUUUAAAAGCUCCGUCUCAAAUCGGCAGCAGUCCUCACACCCCGCAUGGAAACAAAUCAGUGCUUCAGAUUCCAUACGAGUCUCCCGUGUUCCUCCCGCGUCACGCUUCAGCCACCAACAUCAGCCAAAGCCUGGAGCUGGAAGAAAGGAGUCUGUUCAGGAAACCCGUUUCUGCGCCCAGACUGUCGGUGAUGAAGGCGCUGCCAGAGGGACGACCAGGACCCGCCACCCACUGGUCCUACAGCCAGAACCCACUGACCUCCCACUCUGCACACUCAGCCACCGUCAGCCGUUUUUCUCCCUCCACUCCGGAGUCGUACGGUCAGAGUUCAGCCUGGAAGUCGCCUCAGUUCAAAGCUUCGUCCUCCUUCAGCCACUCUGCGUCCUUCCUGGGGUUCCCUCCUCCUUAAGGCUUCUGGUUGGAUACGACUGGUGAUGCAGCUUAAACCCAGCAUGCAACGAGAGACAAACGGCU